AUUCAAAAGAUUCGAGUCAAAGGGUGAAUCAAAAUUCCCACCACUAGAAGCUUGUACCACAAAACACCCGUAUGGACGUGCCCCUGUACAAACAAGCGGACCAGUGGGAAGUCCUGGCCGCCUCUCUUUCGUCACACGCCGCCGCGCUGGCCCGAGCCGGAGAGAACUAUUUCGUAUCUCCCAUGUGUUUUUUUAAGGGGGGAUGUCGUUAAAGUUGUAGCUGGUUGUAGGUGUGUUUUUAACAAACUAAAUCAUGAGACUUUUGGGUGCUCAAGAGGCCAAAAGUUGGGCACAAUAGCGCAGUUUUUCUUUGUUUAUGCUGGAUGCCCUGGCCAGGGCAGUGUUAUUGGAUAGUAGUAUUGUGGUCUAGAGUAGACGACUUUCCUCAACCCCCUUUUCUCCGGAGCGCUGGCUAACAUUAGCAGGAUAGCCGCCGCCUUUUCCAUACUUUCGUAGAACAACGGGAAAGUCGAUUUAAGUGAGGAGACAUGGCGGAGACUAAAAUAAUUUAUCACAUUGACGAAGAGGAGACGCCGUACUUGGUGAAGAUUCCCAUAGCGGCUGAGAAAAUCACUCUGCUAGAUUUUAAACAGGUCUUGAACAAGCCGAACUACAAAUUCUUCUUCAAGUCUAUGGACCAGGACUUCGGGGUGGUGAAGGAGGAGAUCUCAGACGACAGUGCCAAGCUGCCAUGCUUCAACGGAAGAGUUGUCUCCUGGCUGGUGUCCUCAGAUACCCCUGCAGCCGAGCCCCCAGCCCCUCCAGUAGAGGUCCCGUCUCAGCCCUCACCCACCCCUCCUCCCCUGCCUCCACCUCCCGCUGAGAGGACAGGGGGGAUUGGAGACUCCAGACCACCUUCCUUCCAUCCCAACACUACAGGCAGCCUGGAGUCCUUAGAUGAUCAGACAGAGACGGAGUCAGUCGUGUCUUUCAGGAGAGAGAGACCUCGACCCAGAGAGAGCAUAGAGCAACACGGGCCACGUAUAAAUGGGCAGUCCCGUAUGGACAGACACCUGGCUGGGUAUGAGAGUGCCACCACAGUGAUGAGCAGUGAGCUGGACACCACAAGCUUCUGUGAUUCAGAUGAUGAUGAUACCAUGAGCAGAUUCAGCAGCUCCACUGAGCAGAGCACAGCGUCUAGAUUGCUCAAACGCCAUCGCAGACGCAGGAAACAGCGCCCACGGCUGGAGAGGGCUUCUUCUUUCAGCAGUGUGACAGAUUCAACCAUGUCCCUAAACAUUAUUACAGUCACACUUAACAUGGAGAAGUAUAAUUUCUUGGGCAUUAGUAUAGUGGGUCAGAGUAACGAGAGAGGAGAUGGAGGCAUCUACAUUGGCUCUAUCAUGAAGGGAGGAGCUGUAGCUGCAGACGGACGCAUUGAACCCGGAGACAUGCUGCUGCAGGUGAAUGACAUUAACUUUGAGAACAUGAGUAAUGAUGAUGCAGUCAGGGUGCUCCGUGAGAUCGUCCACAAACCAGGACCCAUCACUCUGACUGUGGCAAAAUGUUGGGACCCUGCUCCUCAAGGUUAUUUCACCCUGCCACGCAAUGAGCCAAUCCGGCCCAUAGACCCAGCAGCAUGGAUCAAUCAUUCGGUAGCUCUCACAGGGGCAUUUCCGUCCUACCCUAGCAGCACAAUCACCUCCAGCUCAUCUGUCACUGAAACUGAACGCUUUGAUGAGUUUAACCUGUCUCUUCGCUCUGACAUGGCAUCUGUUGCGAAGGCCAUGGCAUCUCCAGAGUCUGGUCUGGAGGUCAGAGACCGAAUGUGGCUGAAGAUCACCAUUCCCAAUGCUUUCCUAGGUUCAGAUGUGGUUGAGUGGUUGUACCAUCACAUUGAAGGGUUUCAGGACAGACGAGAAGCUCGUAAAUAUGCCAGUAACCUACUAAAGGCUGGUUUCAUCAGACACACUGUUAACAAGAUCACCUUCUCUGAACAGUGUUAUUACAUAUUUGGAGAUUUUAGUAACUGUGAAAAUUACAUGGCCAACCUUUCUCUUAACGAUAACGAUGGUUCCAGUGGUGCUUCAGACCAAGACACUCUGGCCCCUCUUCCAUUGCCAGGGGCAACCCCGUGGCCCCUGCUCCACUCUUUCACGUACCAGUACCCUCACCCUUAUUCCACCCAGCCACCUCCCUACCAUGAGCUCUCCAACUACAGCUACGGCCCAGGCAGUGCAGGCAGCCAACACAGUGAAGGGAGUCACAGCAGUGGCUCCACACGCAGUGACGGAGAGAAGAGAAGGGGAAGUAAAAGUGUUUCUGGCGGUAGCGUACGUGACGAUAAAUCUCUCGGUGGGGGCGGGGCUGACUCGCGUUCUGGCAGCGGCAGCGAAUCAGAUUACUCUGUUCGCAGCAGCCUGAGACGAGACCAUGGCUCAGCCACGCCCAGCGAACACAGCCGCUCGAGUCAGCGCUCACAUCAUCGCGUCCCGUCCGCUCACCUUGCGCCAUAUCCGCCUGGAAUCCCCAUCCCUUACAACCCGAUGAUGGUGAUGAUGGUGCCCCAACACCCACACCUAGCACUUGGAGCCCCACACCCACAAACACCUACUUUGCCGCCCCACCCUGCCAUGGUGCCCUCCGGCACCCCUGGUGGGCCUCCAGGAGCUCCUCCAACCCGAGACCUGGGCUCCGUCCCCCCUGAGCUUACUGCCUCCAGGCAGUCCUUCCACCUGGCCAUGGGCAACCCUAGUGAGUUUUUUGUGGAUGUUAUGUAAUGAAGGAUGUUACCGUUGAUGCACGGUGAAGGAAUAAAUGCUGAGAGGUUUGUAAUCACGUGAUAACUGUGAGUUCUGCUCUGUGACUGACAGAGAUGUAGUUUACUGUAUCAGUGCAGCUCUUUAGAGUUAGUGUUUGUUCUUGACGGUAGGAACAGGGUUUAUGAAAGGGUAGGAAGUCUUGCAUAGCAGACUUCAAAAUCCAUUUUGUCUUUGUGGUAUUAACCACAACACGGUCUGGCCUUCUGAACAACUGUUUCGGGGUGAAAAGAAUUGGCUUAUUCUUUUUUUGAGUGCUGUUAUUUCCCUCAAAUUUUUACACAAAUUGCUGGAAGGCCAGAGAUUUAAGAUCUAUGAAUUCUUCUCAUGACUUUCCAGAAAAUACUUCUAAAAGGAAAUUCAAGUAUGCUUUACACACCUUUUUAAAUGACCAACAUUAGGACAUGAAAUCCACUGGAAGGCAGGCAAUUUAAAAGUGAUAAAUUAUUGCUUUAAAUUAAACUAACCAAUUUUAUAAAAAAAAAAAAAAAAAUUAAAAGCCAUGCCUUCAAAAACCUUGAAAAGGAUUCAAAUGAUUGAAACAGUUGAUCAGAUGUAUCUUGUUUUUUAAGUAGUGCUUUAAAGUGUACCAAGGAAUUCUGAAAGCUUUACUCUAAUGUACCAUGUACUGUAUGCUUUAAAAAUUGCCUUUGUAAACUGUCUUUGUACUGCUGAACGGAGCCAGGGUUUAUGGAAACAAAUAUUUGGUUGUCAUUUUCUGAGAUUUCAAGAAUUGCUCUGAUUCUGGGUCUCAGUUCCUUUCAAAGACCCUCACAAAUAGGCAGAAAAUAAAAUAUUUGUACUAAAACGGUACACACAGAGGAAGUUUUAACCUCAUAAAAGGUACUUUCUGGGUAGAUUUGUUGUUUAUUCUUUUUUUCUACUCCAGAGCUUUUUUUUUUUUCUUUUUUUUUGUCUCUUUGUAUGGCAGAUAAUCAUAGCGCCUUUUUUAAUAUGAGUUUAUAGAUAUACAAGUCCAAGUAUGCAAGUGCUACAUAAAGACUGAGUCUCAAAGGAAUGCCAUGUUUAAGUGUUACAUUUUGAAUAUCAUCAGAUACUGUCACUUUUGCAUGUUUUUACUCCAAUAAAUGUAUGAUAGAAUUAA